AUGUCUCUCAAAAUCGGCCACCAACUGGAUACACAGGCUCCUGACCUUCUGACUUUCCGAUUGCGGACGACCGGUGCCAUAACGUACGUCGUCUCACCAAGAAAUUAUCAGCAUGCAAUAGAGACGGCAUUCGACGCCUUUGCAGACUCCCUGUUGGGCGUCUCCCCGGAUCGCGUCUCGCUUUCUGUCCAAGCGUUCGUUGGCCAGGCCAACGAGUCGAGAUCAAUACGCAUCUUUCCUAACGCCUGGGAUGCGCUCGUUCGGACCUUGCAUAGGUUCGAAAUCAUCAACGUGGAUAUUGUGCCACCGUUGGCUCCCCCGGCCUAUCCCGCGGAACGCGACUCUAGCCCUGCAAACCCAUCGUCCUCAUCGGCCAUUUGCGAUGACAAGGGAUCUAAUGCAGGCUCCAGUCGUGCGUCUGCAUGGAUGAAGAAAAAGUUUUCUCGUUGA